AUGGGCAAUAACUCUGACUCUCACAACAAAUCCACCACCCCCUUCUCUAGUUAUCAGCAUGAGAUUUAUAUAGCAGGCACAAAUGGAUUGAAGCCCAUCAUGACAACCAACCCCAAUCUCUGGGAAGAUGCAGCAAAGCAGGCGAUGGAGCCCAUGAACUUUGACUACGCUAAGGGCGGAGCUGGGGCGGGCGAUACCGUCAGGAAAAACCGCGAGGCAUUUGAUAAAUGGAAUAUCAUUCCCCGGAUGGUGAGAUCGAAUACUAAACGGAAUACUGGAGUAAAGAUUCUUGGUCAGGAAUGGCCUUCUCCCGUGGCAAUUGCACCUGUCGGAGUGAAUAGAAUUUUUCAUGCUGAUGGAGAGAAAGGAGUAGCUCAUGCAGCUGGUAAAACUGGUAUUCCCUACGUUCUCUCUACUUUUGCUUCUGAAAGCCCAGAGAUCGUGGCCAAAGCCCAGGACGAAGCAGCUGGUCAUGAUGACAGCAUUAGGUGGCUCCAGCUUUACUGGCCCCAGUCCGUCGACCACGAUAUAACACGUUCUAUUCUGCGUCGCGCCAAAGCAGCACGCUACACAGCUCUUGUCAUUACAUUGGACAUCUUCUCCAUGAGCUGGCGUCCCAUGGACCUCGAUAAUGCCUAUCUUCCCCUCUAUAAAGGAUACAGCACAGCUCUCGGCUUCACUGAUCCUGUCUUUCGACAGAAGUUUGCAGAAAAGUAUGGCCAUGAGGCAGACGAAGAUAUCCUUAAGGGCGCAUUCGAAUGGGAAAAUACUAUCUUUCCCAAUUUAGCGCAUUCAUGGCCUGAGCUCGCGUUCCUGCGUAAAGAGUGGGAUGGACAUAUUCUUGUAAAAGGAAUACAGACAGCGACUGAUGCCGAGAUGGCCGUUCAAGCUGGCGUCGACGGUAUCAUUGUCUCAAACCACGGUGGCAGGCAAUAUGAUGGCGCCUAUGGUUCUUUGGAUGUUUUGCAAGAGAUUGCAGAGGCUGUAGGAGAUCGUGUCGAUGUUCUUUUCGACAGUGGUAUUCGUACUGGCGCAGAUGUGAUGAAGGCUCUUGCACUUGGUGCAAAGGCUGUGUUUGUUGGCCGACCUAUCGUUUAUGGAUUGGGUGCAAAGGGAAAAGAGGGUGUGUUGCAUGUGCUUCGUUGCCUUUUGGCGGACUUCGAGAUCAACCUUGGUAUUACCGGUGUUCAAAAUGCGACGGACUUGAAACCGGGCAAUUUGCGGGCUCAUCACAUGAAAGCUUUCUUGUAG